CGCGUCCUCGUCGUCGGCGCCACGGGCCAGACCGGCGCGCUCGUCGUCCGCGAGCUGUCGCGCGCGGGCAGGGCGCGCGCGAUCGUCGCCGGCGCGCGAUCGGCGGCGAAGGCGACGAAGCUCGGCUUGGACGCGCUGCCGGGGGUGGAGAUUCUCGACGGCGUCGACGUCACGCGCGGCGUCGACGCGCUGGCGCUCGCGUUCGAGGGCUUCGACGUCGUCGUCGUCGCCACGGGAUUCGUGCCGGGAAAUCCGCUGAAGAUGAACGCGGCGGCGCGCGCGGUGGAUAACGAGGGCGUGUGCGCGGUGGCGGACGCGGCGAAGCGAGCGAACGUCAAGCGCGUCGUGCUGAUAUCGUCCAUCCUGACGAACGGACCGGGAUUCGGGGCGCAGGAUACCGCUGGAUACAAGAUCACGAACGCGUUCGGAAGGGUGCUCGAAGAAAAGCUCGUGGGGGAGAAUCACCUGCGCGCGAGCGGCGUGCCGUGGACCAUCGUUCGACCGGCUGGGUUGAAGACGGACGCGCCGAAAAAUCCGCUCGUCGUCACCGGGGAAGACGUGAUGACGAGCGGUGAGAUCAGCCGCGAGCUCGUCGCGCGCGUGAUGGUGGAGGCGGCGUUCGACGCGCGCGCGGAGGGUAAAGUUUACGAAAUC